GGGACGCGCGUCCUGCCCCGAACAAGGUUCCCCUGCGCCGGCUGCGGCCGCUUCCGCUCCCGGGCGGUGCCGGCGCGAUGUCGGGUUUCAGCCCUGAGCUGAUCGAUUACCUGGAGGGGAAGAUCUCCUUCGAGGAGUUCGAGCGGCGGCGAGAGGAGCGCAAGAGCCGCGAGAAGGAUGGCGAAAAUGCAUCUGCUGAGGAAAAUGCUGAAGAUGUAGAGGCUCCAUCUUCAUCCAGAAAAGCAUCCGGGAAAUCCCAAAGUCAGGAUGAAACUGAUGGAGAAACUUCAGAUGGCGUCAGUAAAUCUGUUCAUCGGGUCUUUGCGUCCAUGCUUGGGGAAAAUGAAGAGGAGGAGGAUGAAGAGGAAGAAGAAGAAGAGGAAGAAGAAACUACUGAGCAACCCACAGCUGGAGAUGUUUUUGUGUUGGAGAUGGUACUUAAUCGUGAGACCAAGAAAAUGAUGAAAGAGAAAAGACCUCGCAGCAAACUUCCUCGUGCCUUGAGGGGUCUGAUGGGAGAGGCCAAUAUCAGGUUUGCUCGAGGAGAACGUGAGGAGGCUAUUCUAAUGUGCAUGGAAAUCAUUCGACAAGCUCCUCUUGCUCAUGAGCCAUUUUCCACUCUUGCCAUGAUCUAUGAAGAUCAGGGUGAUAUGGAGAAGUCAUUACAGUUUGAACUGAUUGCAGCUCACUUAAAUCCGAGUGAUACUGAGGAAUGGGUUAGACUAGCAGAAAUGUCACUGGAACAGGACAAUAUUAAACAGGCUGUUUUUUGCUACACAAAAGCUCUGAAAUAUGACCCAACCAAUGUGCGUUAUCUAUGGGAGAGAUCAAGCCUGUAUGAACAGUUGGGGGAACAUAAGAUGGCUAUGGAUGGCUACAGGCGUAUUUUGAAUCUCCUGUCUCCCUCUGAUGGAGAGCGCUUUAUGCAGUUGGCUAGAGACAUGGCAAAGAGUUAUUAUGAAGCCAAUGAUGUGACCUCUGCUAUUGAGAUAAUAGAAGAAGCCUUUACUAAACACCAGAGCCUUGUCUCCAUGGAAGAUGUUAACAUUGCAGCUGAACUAUAUAUUUCCUCCAAACAGUAUGACAAAGCAUUGGCGGUUAUUACAGACUUUGCAGGAAUUGUACUUGAAAAGAAAGUAUCAGAAAAAAGUCCAACCAAGGAGAAAAAAGAUACGGAGGCAGUGGUAGAAACUCAGGAAAGCCAGGAGGCAGUGACUGACGACCAGAGUCAUCCAGUUGCUGAAUCCAGUGCUGCAGCUGUGGAGAAGGUCAGCUGCUGCAUACCUGAGGGUGUUCCCAUAGACAUCACGGUCAAGCUGAUGGUGUGCUUGGUUCACUUGAACAUCCUAGAGCCGCUCAAUCCUCUUUUGACCACUCUAGUGGAACAAAAUCCAGAAGAAAUGGGUGACUUGUAUUUGGAUGUUGCAGAGGCAUUUCUGGAUGUUGGAGAAUACAACUCAGCACUGCCUCUCUUGAGUUCCCUUGUCUGUUCAGAACGAUACAACUUGGCUGUUGUCUGGCUUCGGCAUGCAGAGUGCUUGAAGGCGUUGGGACACAUGGAGCGUGCUGCAGAAAGCUAUGCCAAAGUUGUUGAUCUUGCUCCGUUGCAUCUGGAUGCAAGAAUCUCACUUUCAACGCUUCAGCAGCAGCUGGGCCGACCUGAAAAAGCUCUGGAGGCUCUGGAACCAAUGUAUGAUCCAGAUACACUGGCUCAGGAUGCUAACGCUGCCCAGCAGGAAUUAAAGCUGCUCCUCCAUCGUUCGACACUGUUGUAUUCCCAAGGCAAAAUGUAUGGUUACAUAGACACUUUACUUACAAUGCUGGCAAUGCUGUUGAAGGUAGCAAUGAGCAGAGCUCAGGUGUGUUUGAUAUCUAGUUCCAAAUCUGGAGAGAGACACCUCUAUCUUAUUAAGGUGUCAAGGGAUAAAAUUUCUGACAAUGACGACCAAGAGACAGCAAAUUGCGAUGCGAAAGCAAUUUUUGCUGUUCUCACGAGUGUUCUGACAAAAGAUGACUGGUGGAACCUCCUCCUGAAGGCUAUAUAUUCCUUGUGUGACCUCUCCCGGUACAAGGAGGCAGAGCUACUAGUGGAUUCCUCACUGGAAUAUUAUUCAUUUUAUGAUGAUAGACAAAAGCGCAAGGAGCUGGAAUACUUUGGGCUCUCUGCUGCAAUUCUGGACAAGAACUUCAGAAAAGCGUACAACUAUAUCAGAAUCAUGGUAAUGGAAAAUGUCAAUAAACCACAGCUGUGGAACAUCUUCAAUCAAGUUACUAUGCAAUCUCAGGAUGUCCGUCACCAUCGCUUUUGUCUCCGCUUGAUGCUGAAAAAUCCUGAUAAUCACGCAUUGUGUGUCCUAAAUGGGCAUAAUGCGUUUGUAUCUGGCAGUUUCAAACACGCUCUUGGACAGUAUGUGCAAGCCUUUCGUGCAAACCCAGAUGAACCUCUGUACAGUCUUUGUAUUGGCUUGACUUUCAUCCACAUGGCUUCUCAGAAAUAUGUGUUGAAAAGGCAUGCUCUUCUAGUGCAGGGAUUCUCCUUCCUUCACCGGUACUUGGACCUGCGUGGACCAUGUCAAGAGUCUUUCUACAACCUUGGCCGUGGCCUUCACCAGCUGGGAUUACUCCACCUGGCAAUCCACUAUUACCAAAAAGUACUUGAACUUCCUCCUCUUACCUUAGAGGGAAUAGAAACUGAUCAGACAGACUUGAGAAGAGAUACUGCCUUUAACUUGUCACUUAUUUAUCAGAGCAGCGGAAAUACUAGAAUGGCUCAAAAGAUGUUGUAUACCUACACAGUUGUUUGAUGAGCAAAUGACUCCUGUCCCUUCAUAUGAAAAAAGUUUUAUGUCCUAGGAAAUACAGCCCUCCGCACUGAACUAAUGCUUAGAAAACAGAAGCCAGAGAUCCAGUACACAGAUUCUCUUUGCAUUAUUCUUUUCCAAAACUGAGUCUGAAAUACUCAGAAUCCUAUUGCUUGUACCUCAAGCCUCACUAACAGAACUGGUAACAGUUUCAAACACGCUACAUAUAUUGUCGAACUACUUGGUUUAACCAUGAUAAUUUUGAUAGCUGUUUAUUGCUGAAGAAAGAGCUAUUUUAUAUAACACACCAACUCAAGCCAUACUUAAAAGACUGCUUAUAAAAGCAUCUACUGUUUUGUCUUAAAAACUGAAUACCUUUACAGUUGUCCUUACCUGAUACCAGCAUUGACAUGUGUAGAAAGCGGUUUGCCAUCCACAUUUGCUGAAGGCCAGAUUGACAGGAAAAAAACCAACCAAACCACCGUCUUUUCACUGCUUAGAAAA